GUGGGUAGCAACAGUUGCCCGGGUGAGGACGAGGCGCCAUAGUCACGGUAGUCGUGGCGACAAGAACCAAGCAACGAGAAUCAACAACAACAACAACCAGAAUCAUUAAGAAACAAACUUUAACACCAAAGCCAGGAAUAUUCCAGUGGGAAUUUGAGAGUGGUGGUCUUGGUCCAGCCGUGGCGGUAGUCAUGGCGACCCCAGGCUACACAGAAGAGCUCCAGCCGGCCCCCCAGCCCAACGCUGUCACCAUAGCAACGCAAUCAGCCACGCCCUCCCGCUCCACGCCAACCCAGUUCAACCAGUCAGUGUCCAUCUUCUCCACAGCCGGACAGGACAAACUUCCUGCUCAAGCCACGCCCACCAAGGCCCAGAAGACAGUGGUUCUUGCCACUCCUUCUCAGACUCCGUUUGUUACCGCGGAGAUCCAGAGUUCUGCCGUUCAGCAGAGUAACGGACAGAGUUCCACACCGCAGUACAUCGUAGUGACCGUUACAGAUGGCUCUCUCCAUUCUAGUGACAGUAUAUCAGACUCCAGUCCUCCAGUAGUAGUGGUUCAGACAGGAGUCUCCACCCAGGUAGUACAGCAGACCACCCAACAGCAGCAUGUUUACUCCAGUCAGUAUGUGGAGGGAGAGGACUCUUCUUACACCACCUCUACCACUCGUUCUGGCAGCUACCCGUACUCCGACUCCCCCCUCUACUCCCAGACCCCUCCCUCUUCCUCCUCUUCCUACUACGAGUCCACACCCACCUCGGGGUCACAGGUCACUAACUCCGUGACUUCACAGUCGGUCUCCGUCACCGCGGCAACGGGAGGAGGUGGGAGUGGUUACGUCAUCCAGGGCGGAUACGUAUUGGGAGGUGGGGACUACUCCAGUCACAACACCAGGGCAGCCCCCGCCACAUCUUCAGCUGUCUCCCCCCUCCAGGUACAGUGGCUGCUGGAUAACUACGAGGGGGCAGAGGGGGUCAGCCUGCCGCGCUGUACCCUCUACUGCCACUACCUCUUACACUGUCAGGAUCACAAGCUGGAACCUGUCAACGCUGCCUCCUUCGGCAAACUCAUCAGAUCUGUCUUCAUGGGGCUGAGGACCAGACGCCUGGGCACACGAGGGAACUCAAAGUACCACUACUAUGGUCUCCGUAUCAAGGCCACCUCCUCUCUGCUCCGUCUGAUAGACGACCAGCAGCACCUCGCCUUGAGACAGCAACCCUUCUCUCAGAAACACAGGGUAAAGCCGGUUCUGAAGGUGGAGGGCAUGUCCAAUGGGGUGUCUCUGGGGGCGGGGCAGCAGCAGGGGGCGGGGCUCAGUGACAUCUCAGCUCAAGUGCAACAAUACCAGCAGUUCCUGGACGCGUCGCGGGCGCUGCCUGAGUUCCCAGAGUUGGAUCUGCAGGACAGACCUCUUCCUGAUGGGAUCGUUCCAGAACACAUCGCAGCCUUCCAACAGCUCUACAGGGAACACUGUGAGGCCAUUCUGGAUGUGAUGGUGAACCUGCAGUUCACUCUGGUGGAGACGCUGUGGAAAACCUUCUGGAGGUUCAGCGAGAGCAUCGACGCAGACACACUCAGCGUUCAUGGUGAGUCAGAGGAGCGUCUACCUAAGUGGUACCUGGUGGUGCUGUGUAAGUACCAGCCGGUUGUUCACUGGACCAGAGACUGUGACAACACACUGUACCAGACCCUGGUGGAGAUCCUCAUCCCGGACGUAUUACGCCCCAUCCCCAGUGCCUUAACUCAAGCCAUCCGUAACUUUGCCAAGAGUCUAGAGAGCUGGCUGACAAGCGCCAUGAUGAACAUACCAGAGGAGAUGGUCCGCAUGAAGGUGAUGUGUGCAGGAGCGUUUGCCCAGACGCUGCGUCGCUACACCAGUCUAAACCACCUGGCCCAGGCAGCCAGGGCCGUCCUCCAGAACACCGCCCAGAUCAAUCAGAUGCUGAGUGACCUCAACAGAGUUGACUUCACUAACGUGCAGGAACAGGCGUCGUGGGUGUGUGGUUGUGAGGAUGGUGUGAUCCAGAGGUUGGAGCAGGACUUCAAGCAGACAUUACAACAACAUAACUCUCUGGAGCAGUGGGCUGCCUGGCUGGACGGCGUGGUCUCCCAGGUCCUAAAGCCCUACCCACACAGCCCUGCAGCCUUCCCUCAGGCUGCCAAGCUCUUCCUGCUGCGGUGGAGCUUCUACAGUUCCAUGGUGAUUCGAGACCUGACUCUGCGUAGUGCUGCCAGCUUCGGAUCCUUCCACCUGAUCAGGCUGCUGUAUGAUGAGUACAUGUACUACCUGGUAGAACACAGAGUGGCCCAGGCUAAAGGAGAGACACCCAUCGCUGUCAUGGGAGAGUUUGCCAGUGUGGGCAGGAGUCUGAACUGUCAGGACCCUGAUAAAGAUGAGGAAGAGGAUGAGGAGGAGAGUGAUGAAGAGGGGGUAGAGAUGACCGUGCCGUCUAACUCCGCUGGUCUGGGAGAGGGGGAGGAGUCACUGGAGCCGCCCGUCAAGCUCGCCAGGACUGACCCUCGGGGACUGUUCAAUACCACACACACCGAGUGACUCACACACACCCAACACACACACACUCGCCAGGACUGACCCCCGGGGACUGUUCAAUACCACACACACAGAGUGACUCACACACACCCAACACACUGACAACUGAAACACACGCUCUCGACUUAGCCGUUGGCUAACAUGACACACACACACACCUUCAACAACACACUCAUCCUUUGCCUUAAUGAUAGUUUGCUAUGAGCCCGUUUGUGAUCCCAAUGCCAUUAAGUUCCUUAUCUGUUCCUGCAACCUCACACACCCUGUCUGUCUGAUCUCUCGUGUGUGUGUGUGUGUGUGUGUGUGUGUGUGUGUGUGUGUGUGUGUGUGUGUGUGUGUGUGUGUGUGUGUGUGUGUGUAAGUAAGCGAAGGAGAGGUUUCACAGCUUACCUUUUCAUCUCUUUUAGUUAUCAUGGUUCCUCAUCACCUUCAUUGUGACAUAAGAGACAGUGACCUCUUCAUUGUGACAUAAGAGACAGUGACCUCUUCAUUGUGACAUAAGAGACAGUGACCUCUUCACUAGACACACUGGUCCUUCAUUGUGACAUAAGAGACAGUGACCUCUUCACUAGACACACUGGUCCUUCAUUGUGACAUAAGAGACGGUGACCCCUUCACUAGACACACUGGUCCUUCAUUGUGACAUAAGAGACGGUGACCUCUUCACUAGACACACUGGUCCUUCAUUGUGACAUAAGAGACGGUGACCUCUUCACGAGACACACUGGUCCUUCAUUGUGACAUAAGAGACAGUAACCUCUUCACGAGACACACUGGUCCUUCAUUGUGACAUAAGAGACGGUGACCUCUUCACGAGACACACUGGUCCUUAUUUGUGACAUAAGAGACAGUAACCUCUUCAUCCCUUCCUAUAUGUCCCUGUCAACAGAGGUCUACAACGUACCUCUGACUGAAUCCCUUCCUAUAUGUCCCUGUCAACAGAGGUCUACCUCUGACUGAAUCCCUUCCUAUAUGUCCCUGUCAACAGAGGUCUACAACGUACCUCUGACUGAAUCCCUUCCUAUAUGUCCCUGUCAGAGGUCUACAACGUACCUCUGACUGAAUCCCUUCCUAUAUGUCCCUGUCAACAGAGGUCUACAACGUACCUCUGACUGAAUCCCUUCCUAUAUGUCCCUGUCAGAGGUCUACAGCGUACCUCUGACUGAAUCCCUUCCUAUAUGUCCCUGUCAACAGAGGUCUACAACGUACCUCUGACUGAAUCCCUUCCUAUAUGUCCCUGUCAACAGAGGUCUACAACGUACCUCUGACUGAAUCCCUUCCUAUAUGUCCCUGUCAACAGAGGUCUACAACGUACCUCUGACUGAAUCCCUUCCUAUAUGUCCCUGUCAGAGGUCUACAACGUACCUCUGACUGAAUCCCUUCCUAUAUGUCCCUGUCAACAGAGGUCUACAAUGUACCUCUGACUGAAUCCCUUCCUAUAUGUCCCUGUCAGGUCUACAACAUACCUCUGACUGAAUCCCUUCCUAUAUGUCCCUGUCAACAGAGGUCUACAGCGUACCUCUGACUGAAUCCCUUCCUAUAUGUCCCUGUCAACAGAGGUCUACAACGUACCUCUGACUGAAUCCCUUCCUAUAUGUCCCUGUCAACAGAGGUCUACCUCUGACUGAAUCCCUUCCUAUAUGUCCCUGUCAAGAGGUCUACAACGUAUCUCUGACUGAAUCCCUUCCUAUAUGUCACUGUCAGAAGUUUGGACACACUCAUUCCAGGGUUUCUCUUUAUUGUUACUAUUUUUAUACAUUGUAUAAUAAUAGUGAAGACAUCAAACUAUGAAAUAACACAUAUGGAAUCAUGUAGUAACCCAAAAUAUAUAUAUUUGAGAUUCUUCAAAGUAGCCACCCUUUGCCUUGAUGACAGCUUUGUCUUCACUACUAUUCUACAAUGUAGAAAAUAGUAUAAAUAAAUAAAAACCCUGGAAUGAGUAGGCGUGUCCAAACUUUUGAUUGGUUCUGUGUGAGUCAGUCAACCUGCAUGGCUACAACCUUCUCUGUCCUCACCUUACCCACCCACUGUCCGAACUGCCAUAGAGAGAGAGAGCGAAGGGAGAGAGAUUUAUUGCGUUUGCCUGAGCCAGGUGUAGAGUAGUUACAGCAGUCGGUCUUCAGUCCUGAUGAUGUUCACUGACCUCUUAGACAACCACUUCGUGUGUCCCAAAAGGCAUCCUAUCGGUACUUCAACAGGGCACCAUUUAGGCUCCCUGUAUAGUGCACUUUUUUGGACCUGAGCCCUAUUGACCAUGGUCUAAAGUAGUGCACUAUAUAGGGACAAGGGCUCUGGUCUAAAGUAGUGUACUAUAUAGGGAAUAGGGCUCUGGUCUAAAGUGUACUAUAUAGGGACUAGGGCUCUGGUCUAAAGUAGUGUACUAUAUAGGGCUCUGGUCUAAAGUGUACUAUGUAGGGAAUAGGGUGCCAUUUUGAAGACAACCUGUUUUUAAUUAGAUCUGAUUAAUAAAGUGUUUCAAAACCUGUACAAUCUGCCAUUUAAUCCUCUCUCUUUGUUAAUGUUAUGAGUUAUAGCAGGCAUAUGUAGUGUCAUAAGAGAGAGGGCAGCCAUAAUGCAUCCUGUUUCUAUCCCAUUCAUUUGUCCCUCCAUCGUCGUGCAUCCACACACACCAGCAGGAUACAGACCUUCACAGAAACAUCACUAAUCUGUGAUUGGGCCCCAAGGUCAGAAGUCACGGCAACCUUAACUGCCAGCUCGUAGAAUCGGCAAAAAGUCACCAGUUAGAACAGAUCAGUAAAUGUGUAUUUGUAAUAUAUAUCUAUAGAAAUAGAUGUGACUAUCAUAUUUAUUGAACCAUUAUGGCCUUAUUUUGAUGUACUAUCCAGCUACUGUAUAUGUUUUGUAGACCUUUGUAUUGAAUUGCUGUGACUGGAGUUUGGAAUCAGUACUCGGUGAGCACAAGACAGAGGUCUUUUCAAACAUCUUGUACCCAGUCGUUGCCAUAUAAAGACGUGAUACCAGCCCACCUUUAGCCAUUAAAUACUUUACCAGUG